CAAGCGCGGCCCCGCGGAAGCCUCCGGCUCCUUCCGGCCCGAGGGUCAUCGCCAUAGCAACGCAUGGGGCAGGCCCGGCGGGCAGCCAAUCAGGUUACAAGGGGGGUGGAGAAUGCUAUGAUAGGAAUCAACAAAGAUAAAAGCCAAAUGCCUGGCAAAAGAACUGCUUUAGAAGAGAUUGGAAACAAAGUUACAACCAGAGGAGCACAUGUAGUUAAGAAAACAGAAAGCUUAAAAGCAUCCGUAAAGGCCUCCAAAGGAGGUAGCAAGUCAACAAAUGUAACAGCACAACCAAAACCUGUAGCUGCGGUGAAACCACUGAAGGAAGCCAGUGUUCCAAAGAUUAUGUCUCCAACCCCUAUGGACAUAUCCAUGAAAGAAGAGGAUCUGUGCCAGGCUUUUUCUGAUGUACUGCUCAGCAAUGUUGAAGACAUUGAUGCUGAUGACUGGGAAAACCCUCAGCUUUGUAGUGACUACGUAAAGGAUAUCUAUCUAUAUCUAAGGCAACUUGAGUUGCAGCAGCCAGUACGUUCACGCUAUCUUGACGGGAAGGAGAUCAAUGGGCGCAUGCGUGCAAUCUUAGUUGACUGGCUUAUUCAAGUCCACUCAAGAUUCCAGCUUUUGCAGGAAACUCUGUAUAUGUGUGUUGGCAUUAUGGACCGUUUCUUACAAAGUCGCCUAGUUUCCCGAAACAGACUUCAGUUGGCUGGUGUGACAGCACUGUUUCUAGCUUCAAAAUAUGAAGAGAUAUUCUGUCCUGACAUCGCAGACUUUGUUUAUAUCACUGAUAAUGCCUACACUACUGCUCAGAUCAGAGAAAUGGAGGUGACAAUUCUUAGAGAACUGAACUUUGACCUAGGGCGUCCCCUUCCACUCCAUUUCUUACGGAGAGCAUCAAAAGCUGGUGAGGCUGAUGCUGAGCAGCAUACACUAGCAAAAUACCUAAUGGAGCUAACGCUCGUGGACUACGAUAUGGUGCACCAUCAUCCUUCAGAGAUAGCAGCUGCUGCUUUGUGCUUGUCUCAACAGGUUCUGGGCCAAGCCAAAUGGGGAAUAAAACAGCAGUACUACACUGGGUAUGCAGAAGAGAGUCUACUCCUAAUCAUGCAGCAUAUGGCCAAGAAUGUAGUCAAACUAAAUGGGAAUCUAACAAAAUACGUUGCUGUAAAGAACAAGUAUGCAAGCAGCAAACUCAUGAAGAUCAGUACACUCCCCCAACUGAACAGCAAAAUAAUCAAGGACCUAGCUGCAUCUGUAGUGGGAUAACCUUAGGUAGCAAAUUCUUGUUCCAUGCACUUUGUCAACUUGCCUACUGAGGCAGAACUGCUGCUUUUGUACAUAUCUCUUCUGUUUUGAUAGAGAUGCUUCAGAUUCACUCUGAAAGCAGACUUUUUAAACUUUGCCCUGUGAUACAUGUGUAUAUCUAAAAAUAAAGCUCCUUUAUUAAAAAUAUUGCUCCUCUUUGUGCUGUUUACAAAAAAGA